AUCAGCUGUGAAAUGAGAAACAAAUUUGUCAAGUGUUCAACUGAAAGGAAGUAGAAAGUUGUCAUUAAUUUAUUUCAAUUUAAAUCAAAUUUCUUCAAUAAACCAGUGUUUCUUUGUUAUAAUUGAGUCAAUUAUCCAUACACUUCAUACUAAUAUAAUUCUAAACGGAAAUGUACUGGGCAGAGGUCAGAGAUCUGUUUAGAACUUGGCGGGAAGAAAACGUAAGGAAAAGCCAAGAUGUUAUCAAUUUGUGGGAAUUCACUCUUCAACCAAAAUCACACAAGCUGGGAGACGAAAAAUACCAAGUAUUGGAGCAGGUGUGUGUAGGCUUGGACUGUAAUCGCAUGGAUAUCGCUAAUGAAUGCCUUCAUCUGCUCUCCUCCCAGUUCCCUGGCAGUCUACGCAUUCAUAGACUUCAGGCACUCAAGCUGGAAGCCCAAGAAAGGUAUGACGAAGCUCUCGAAUUGUUGGACUCGAUAAUCGUUCGUGAUGAGACGAACGCCGCUCCUCGCAAGCGAAAGGUCGCCAUUUUGAAGUCGCGAGGCCGAAAUCUAGACGCUAUCAAAGAGCUGUCGGAAUAUUUGAAACGGUUCAUGAUAGACCAGGAAGGCUGGCAGGAGCUGUGUGACCUGUACCUGCAGGAGUCCGAGUACGGCAAGGCCGCAUUCUGCAUGGAGGAGCUGAUUCUGCACAAUCCUCACAACCAUCUGCUGCAUCAGCGCUAUGCUGAAAUCAAGUACACGCAGGGUGGUUUCGAGAACAUGGAGUUGGCGCGUGCGCACUACUGUUUGGCGCUCAAGCUGAACGCGGCCAACAUGCGCGCGCAUUACGGUCUGCUGCUCUGCGCCGCAAACAUGGCCGCCUCGCCCAAGUGCAGCUCACAGAAGCGUCGCGACGCACACAAGGCAGCAGCCUGGGCCCUGAAGCAGAUCGGCGAGCGAUACGAGUUACAUGCUGGUGCAAGUCAAGGUCAGGAUAAUCAGCUGACAGCUCUCGAAGGACUGGUCGCGUCUCUGCAGAUUGCUCCAGUCGCGCAGAAUUGAGUCAAUCAUACAAACUUUGAUUAAGUGAUAUCUUUGAGAAAAGAUAGGAUAAGAAGAGCACCCAUGGUUUGUAGAAGUCAUUCAAAGUUUGGAAGUUUUAUAUCAAAUUAUGGUGUUGUGUAUCAAGUUGAGAUGAUACUGUAUCAUGUGUGUUGAUAUUGUAUCAUUUGAGAUGAUACUGUAUCAUGUGAGAUGAUACUGUAUCAUAGUGUGUUGUUACUGUAUCAUCUGUGGUGAUACUGUAUCAUUUAUGGUGAUAAAUAUAGAAAAUAUAGCAUAAGAAGAUAUCCUAUGGUAUAGGGCGUUUAUGUUUCAAAUUUCACUGUUAACUCAAGCCGAUAGUACUUGUAGUUUUUUUUCUGAAGCUGAUAGUCUCUCAUACUGUGCCGUUCUUACACUCUCACCCCAACAAAACAGUGAUAAUAGACAAGUCGACAGUAAUAGGCUUGAGUUAACAGAAAAUCGGUGUUUAUGUUACAAAUUUCACUGUUAACUCAAGCCGAUAGCCGUGGUAGUUUUUUGUGACGCUAGUAGUCUCUCAUACUGUGCCGUUCUUACACUCUCACCCGGCCAAAACAGUAAUAAUAGACUGUAGUCGACAGUAAUAGGCUUGAGUUAACAGAAAAUCGGCGUUUAUGUUACAUAUUUCACUGUUAACUCAAGCCGAUAGCCGUGGUAGUUUUUUGUGACGCUAGUAGUCUCUCAUACUGUGCCGUUCUUACACUCUCACCCGGCCAAAACAGUAAUAAUAGACUAGUCGACAGUAAUAGGCUUGAGUUAACAGAAAAUCGGUGUUUAUGUUCCAAAUUUCACUGUUAACUCAAGCCGAUAGUCCUAGUAGUUUUUUUGUGCCGCUGGUAGUCUCAUACUGUGCCGUUCUUACACUCUCACCCAGCCAAAACAGUAAUAAUAGACUGUAGUCGACAGUAAUAGGCUUGAGUUAACAGAAAAUCGGCGUUUAUGUUACAUAUUUCACUGUUAACUCAAGCCGAUAGCCGUGGUAGUUUUUUGUGACGCUAGUAGUCUCUCAUACUGUGCCGUUCUUACACUCUCACCCGGCCAAAACAGUAUUAAAAGACUGUAGUCGACAGUAAUAGGCUUGAAAUUUGGAGCAUUAACGUCCCAUACCAUGGGAUAUCUCAUUAUCUAUCUUUUCUCUAUGUUGAUAUAAAAUUAUAGAUCAUUGAUUAAGUUAUAAUAUUGAUAAUAAAAAAGUGCUGUUACCGCGGCAGCUGGGGGGCUGAAUUUAAUUUAUAAAAACAUCGAAUAAUUACAGUAGAAAGUUGUCAAUUUGAGACAUGUCAGUACAUGUAUAAAGUUAAAAACAUGAAUACUGUACAGUAAACAUGUAUAAGAGCCAAGCCACAUCAGGCAUUUUAGGUGUUUUCAGACGAGUCGGCAGGGCAAGAAGCUCCCCGAUUAGCUGAUUAUCAGCUGAUUCCCGAACGCCAACCUAAUCAGCCAAUCGGAGAGCUUCCUAUCCUGCCGACUCAUUUGAAAACUAUUAGAUCUAAAGUACAUGAUUUUUAUGUUGAAAUUCAAAAAGCUAUGCGAUGUACCCCAGCAUGCACAAUAUUCAGCCGAAUAAAGAAUCUAAAUUGUCUAUUGAAAUUAAUUGAAUGUAUUCAUUGCAAGAGACUCGCCUACUUUUUCCAAUGUGAAAAUAUUUUGAUUUUGAGAAAUAAAAAAUGAAAUCCACUUAUUACCUUUCAACCGUACAGUUGUGUUGUGAGUGAUGUUGUGGUACUUUUCUAUAAUGAAAACACAAAUUUAAAUUGUCAACCACUUUUUAAACUUUACACUAAAAAAAGGUUGACAAUUUAAAAUUGUGUUUUCAUUAUUAACUUUCAUUUGAAUUGUCAACCACUUUUUAAACUUCACACUAAAAAGUGGUUGACAAUUUAAAAUUGUGUUUUCAUUAUCAACUUUCAUUCUGUAGCUUUACAGUUGUACAAAUUUAUAGAUCUUAUGAUACCUGAAGCAUGAUAAUAAAGUUUUAAACAAUUUCCGCCGGGCUGGCUAAAACAUUCUACCAUGUUCAUCUCAUUAACUUUACUACCUCCAUCAGUGGUUAUCGAAAGUUUUAUUCAAUGUUAGACAUUUUUUUGUUUGCUUCGUUCUUCAUUCAUUUUCAUCUUAUGUUAGAUUAUUUGAGAAUAAAAUAUAUUUGAUCAUAUUAUAUCAUUGUAAUCAUCAUGUUGUAUUAAUUCAGAAUCUUUAGUUGUUGGUUGUUUUGUGUUUUCUAAAUAAAAUUUGAAAACGUGUAA